AUGGACUCACGAUCUUCGUACCACAAUCAAAUCGCUAGCGAGGCCUCCACCCUACAUGCACUCGGCAAUACUCAGCACUAUCCAGCCAUAUCAGCGCACCAUCGAAAUUUGACUGCAAUGGAUAGCCCAAAACCUCAGCCGUCCAGCGAAGCGCCCGAAGCGGGGGACCAGCGAUUUCCUCAGGCUCGUGUUGUCGAGAGCUUCCAGCCCAGUGUCGCCAAGCACCUUCGGUCCAUUUAUGCGGCCCAUGCUGGAUCCGACAAGGCAUGGACACCAGAUCAGACAAGUCGUUUUGUUCGCAGUGUCCAGAAUCAUGAACAAGUCUUUGAUGACGACGCCGAGACGCCAACCCUGGACCUCGCUGGCUUCCUCGACUACAUGGCGUCAUCUGAUGCCACGGCCAUUCUCCCCCGCAACGACGAGGACCUAUCCUGGCCGAUGUCAGCAUAUUUCAUCUCGUCCAGCCACAACACGUAUCUCACAGGCAACCAGCUGUACAGCGACAGCACGACAGAAGCCUACGCCAAUGUCCUACGACGUGGUUGUCGCUGCGUCGAGAUUGACGUCUGGGACGGCACAGGCAGCGACGCCGAGAGCUCAGAGAGCGACUCUGAUGAGGAGGAUGCCAGGAAGCUGGAAGGGAAUGAUAGCCGCAGCAAAUUGGACAGAUUUGACAAGCUGAAAUCGAGCCUACCAGAGUCCGUCGCCUCGCGGCUCAGCAAGAGCAGCACCCUGCGGCGCAAGCUCGAGCGCACUGCCAGCCACCAGCUCACACACGCCAACAAGCCGCUCACCUCGCUUCGCCCCAGCUCCAGUUCCAGUUCCGAGUCAUCCCUCGCAAACGAGCCUCGCGUUCUUCACGGCUACACUCUGACCAAGGAGGUGUCCUUCCGCGAGGUGUGCGCCACCAUUCGCAAGCAUGCCUUUGAGGCUAGCGACCUGCCCCUCAUCAUCAGUCUCGAGGUGCACUGUAACGCCGAGCAGCAAGCCAUUAUGGUCGACAUCAUGAAGGAGGCCUGGGGCGACGUUGCGGUGGUCGCGCCGCCCGAGGACCAGUCGCCAAAGAUGUUGCCCAGCCCGGAGGCCCUGCGCGGCAAAAUUCUCAUCAAGGUCAAGUACGCGCCGCCAAGCAAGAUCGGUGGCGAAGAAGACGAGGAGAAGGCUCUUGGCCGCACAGAUAGUGAUCUGCCCAGCAAAGCGGCUGCGCAGAAAAAACCGUCCAAGAUAAUUCGUGCGCUGUCUGAUCUCGGCAUUUACACGCGCGCCGUUAGCUUCAAGUCGUGGGCGCAACCGGAAGCCACCAUGCCCGCACACAUCUUUUCGCUGUCGGAGAAGAAGUUCAUCACGCAUCAUACAGAGAAUGGCGCCAAGCUAUUUGAGCACAAUCGCGACUACAUGAUGCGUGCUUAUCCCUCUGGCUUGCGCAUUGGAAGUUCGAAUCUCAACCCGCCGCCGUUUUGGGGCUCUGGCGCGCAGAUUGUGGCCCUCAACUGGCAGGAGACAGAUGAAGGUAUGAUGCUGAACCAAGGCAUGUUUGGGGGAACGAAAGGCUACGUCCUAAAACCAGAAGGCUACCGCCCGAGCCUCUCGUCUAAAUCAACCCCUAACGCCAUCAUCCGCAAGACACUUUGUCUAUCCAUAACCUUCUUCGGAGCCCAGUCCAUUCCCCUGCCGCUUGGCGAUAGCUCCGACAGCGGCUUCCACCCAUACGUCAAGAUGGAGCUGCACGUCGACGGCAACCCCAGCCAUGACCUUGCCACAAGCAGCGGCCGCGCUCUAGCCAACCAGGGCCACGAACGCGACGGCGAGCACAAGGCACACACAAAGUCAUACCGGGGCGGCGCCGACGUGGAUUUUAAAGGCCAAGUGCUUUCGUUUAAAGGCAUCACGGAUGUCGUAGAUGAGCUCACGUUCCUGCGGUUCAAGGUGUGCGACGACGAAAUUGGCAAGGAUGACCUGGCGGCCUGGGCCUGUGUGCGACUGGACCGACUGGCGAGCGGCUACCGCUUCAUCCACCUGUGGGAUAGCAAUAGUCAGUACAGCAAAGGUGUGAUUCUAGUCAAGGUGGAUAAACAGCUUUCCUAA